AGUACGAGUACUCAUAUUGCUCCGGCCUUUUAUUGCUGUAGUCUUGCGUUUUUAAAGCCUCCAGCCUGCCGGCAUGUAACAUAGUGUCUACUAUCUACGCACUGUAAAGGGAAUUUCCAACUACAACAUUGUGCCUUUCACUCGUGCCUUGAUUUUACUGACGUGCCCUGACACCACGAUGGCGGGGCAAGUGUAUGAGUUUACGGAGGCUGACCGCGUGAUGGAAUACAAGCUGACCACGGAGAUUGGACACGGUCGAUUCGGACAAGUGUGGGAGGCCAGCGAAUGGUGCGAUGGUCGCUCCACCAACCGCGCCGUGGCCGUGAAAAUCACCGAGCAUGUCCUGGAUAUCGGCACGGAUAAGGCGCAGCUGCGCGAGAAUAUCGAGGAUAGACUGCGCCGCAUACGCAGCAUCCGCAGCGACAACGUAGUGGCUUACUACCAUACCCGUGUUGACGAUACGGACAAUGGAUUCGACGCGAUUCUGCAGACCACCAUCGUCAUGGAAUACUGCACAUUUGGUUCGCUGGACAGCUUGCUCCGCAGCGCCCCGCUGACGAACGAGGAGAUUAAGGACCUCAUUCAGCAGACCCUGACCGGCGUGGUGGCCAUCCACGCCCUUAAGAUCGUCCACUGUGACCUGAAACCCGCCAACAUCGUCUUGGCUUAUGACGCCAGCGCCCCCUACCACCGACGCGCUAAAAUUACCGAUCUCGAUGACCACCUCGCGCUGCUGACCUCCACAGUGACUCUCCUUGAUCUGCACGCCCCCGGCACCGUCCGUUACAUGGCACCGGAGAUGAUGCGCGGAUAUUCCGCUGGGAAGAAAAGUGAUAUGUGGAGCGUCGGCUGUAUCCUCGUCGACAUGUACCGCCACGAGCAGCCGGUCCGGUUUGUGAAACUGGUGGAAGGGAAGACCGUCGCGAUGGACGCCUUGGUGGUCGGGGAGUGGAUGGGGCCGACGGUGCUGAUGAAGUAUGUCGGGGAGGGCGGGACGCCGGAGAUUCCGAAUCGGGCGCCGGUUGCGGCUCGCUGCUUACUGAGCCAGUGUUUCAAAAUGAAUCCCAAGGAGCGCAUUAGUGCCGCGGAUAUGCUGUCCAGCGAGUGGCUGCAGCAGAAGGAUUCCCUUUCUCCGACUGUCCCGGAAACUGUCCAAGAUGCGAGCCAUGUGGAAAACACCCGCGAAUUCUUGCUGAACAACGGCGACGACAUUCCUGCCCCCGACAAGGAGAUGCAGUGGGACGUCGGGGUGAAUUGCGGCGCGCGGGUCCUCAUGCACCACCGCGAGCAAACCCACUUCCCCGUCGCGUACUAUCAUGUGGAGAUCGAGCGGGUCAAGAAGAACGUGGACCCCGGGAAGCCCCUGGACGAGAAGUUCCGCGCCGUGUUGCGACGCCACCUGGACCCGGGUCAACGCGCCGCCGGUCCCGUUAAUGUCUUCGCCGAUCUACUCUGCCGCGGCGUGACCUAUCUGGCACAGCCAGGAACAUCGCGGUUCUCCGCUGGGAUUUCUCUUUUCAUCCCGACGCUGGGCCCGUCCUUCCCGGACGUGGCCAAAUGGAUGAACGCCUACACCCGCGACUACCAGUACGUCUGCCGGGGACACGCCACCUGGGCGGAUAUCCGGCCGUUGUUGGACCGCGGGGAGCCGGUGAUGGCGCAGGUGUGCUGGAACGACCGUCCGAUGGACGAGGGAGUGCGACAGAUUGCCGUGGCGGCCGGCUACGGCGCGGUGUUUCCGCCGACCCAUCCCAAUAUCGGCGCCGUGGUGCUGCGGGGAUACGAAGGAGGCGGUGCGGGAGAACCGCGGACGGUGACCUUUACACAUCCCUUCGGGGAUACGCGGGUGGUGCGGUAUGCAGAUUUCAAGCAGUAUGCUAACUGGAUGCCGGAGCACCCGGUCACGAAGGAGGUGUUCGAAUUGGCUGGCUACGAACCGGGACAGAUCAUCUACCGUGUGAAACGCGCGGGAUGAAUGAGCGAAGUUGGAAACGUCGUAUUUUAUAUUCAGUCUCAGAUUCAGACUCAUUUCAAAUCAUUUCAAAAACGGCUCCACGCUGUUUAAGUUUGUAGCUUUAAUGUUAUUGUCAUCAGUUUUCCAAAGUUUUUUGUAUGUAUGCAAAAUUAAAAAAACUGUAGAGUUGUGAUUUGCGAACAAGCUUCAGGCGACAUUGAGUCGGUAGAACAGGUAUCAAAACGGUUUGACUGUAUCAUAUUAUCAUAUUAUGUACUUAUGCACCAUGUCGAUUUGAAGAAAAAUUAUUAAUUUGGA